AGCCAGGAGCGGAUUGUAAAGCCCUGCUGUCCCGCCGUGUCCCUCUGACUUCCUCCAUAACGUAGACAUGGCUCAGGAUAUUUCGCCUCCGUGUGCUGAAACAUGGAACGGUGUUGUGGAGCGAGUCUCCACCGCCAUGAGCGAAUCUUCCUCCAUUCACAGCGACAGGUUCCACAGUUUAGCCAAGGAGUUUUCGGAAAUGGGGUUGGAUUCGAGGCACCGUAGACUUGAAGAUCCCACCUUUUACCCCGAACAGCGCGCAGAGAUGAGUGUGAUGGAGCAAUCGGCAGGUGAUAGCAAGCUACCCGUGGUCAACAACUUCAUGGACCCAGACCCAGACCGAGAGAGAGACUUGGAGGCCAAGAGACUGUACUUCGCCGACGGCAAGCGGAAGGUGGACUACGUGCUGGUGUACAAUUACCGGAGGCGGACGUCCAGCAGGGGCUCGCCUGGGCUACACAGGCUGUCAAUCAUCUCCAACGGCAGCUUCCCCGCGGGUCUGGGGGCAAAGGACGUGGAGGAAGGAGGCAAAUCGGACCAGGAGGAGGUGGUGGUGGACGUGGGCCCGCUGGACCCGGCUGAGGGGGAGAAGAGGAUGGUCCGCGAGGAGUUCGAGGCGAGCCUCCUCGAAGCCGGCCUGGAGAUUGAACGAGACAAAGAGCACAAACUCCACGGGCAUGCGUUCGUCCGUCUGCACGCGCCCUGGGUCGUGCUCAGCAGGGAAGCGGAGUUCCUGAAGAUUAAGGUGCCCACGAAGAAGAGUUAUGACCUGAAGGAGGAGAAGGGGUUUGCAGGGACGAUGAGUGCAGUGUGGAGGAAACUCAACCAGCCCUUCCAACCAAACGUCCCUCACCUGCAAGACCAGAGCCGCACCAAGUUCCUCUCACACUGCUUCUCCCGAGACAAGCUGCACCUGUACAACAUCAAAUCCAAGGACACCUUCUUUGACAAUGCCACUAGGAGUCGAAUCGUGCAUGAGAUCCUGCGUCGUACAGCCUGCACACGGACCUGCCAAACCAUGGGUAUCACCACGCUAAUAGCUAAAGGCAUCUACGAGUCAGCCUUCCCUCUCCAUGAUGGUGACUGCAAAGGCCCAGCCAAAGGUGAGGAGAGGAAUGACCGACAGAUACUGCAUGAUGAAUGGGCGAGAUACGGAGCUUUCUUUAAGCACCAGCCUGUAGACUUAAUCAGGAAGUACUUUGGAGAGAAGAUCGGCCUCUACUUUGCCUGGCUGGGCGUCUACACCCAGCUGCUUAUCCCGGCCUCCAUAGUGGGCAUCACCGUGUUCUUCUACGGCUGUGCCACAGUCGACACCAACGUGCCCAGUCUGGAGAUGUGUGACGAGAUGCAGAACUUCACCAUGUGCCCGUUGUGUGACGGAGCCUGUGACUUCUGGCACCUGAGCACCGCCUGUGGCACCGCCCGAGCCAGCUACCUCUUCGACAACCCGGCCACCGUCUUCUUCUCCAUCUUCAUGUCUCUCUGGGUGGUCACGUUUCUGGAACAGUGGAAGCGCAGACAGAUCAGCCUGAACCAUAGCUGGGACCUGACAGGCAUGGAGGAGGAGGAGGAGCAUCCGAGGCCUAAAUAUGAAACCAUCCUUCUUCAGAAGAGGCAGAGGCAGAAAAAGAAGAAGACGAAAAAGAAGAACAAAAGCGAGUCAGGUGAUGAGAAGCUGACGUGGAAGGACAGAAUGCCAGGAUAUUUCAUCAACAUCUCCUCCAUCCUCCUCAUGGUAGGCAGCGGCCAAGUUGUCACUUUUCUCUUUCUUUCUAUCUUUCUAUCUUUCUUUCUUUUUUUCUUUCUUUCUUUCUUUCUUUCUCUCUUUUCUCUGUCUGUCAUCAGUGUGUUCAUCAAUAUAUCUGUCCUACUCAUGGUCAUCUGUCUCUUUGUUUUCUCUUUCCCUUUCUUUCAUUCUUUCUCUCUUUUCUGUCUGUCCGUCGCGCCAGUGUGGCAACAUUUCGAUCAGUAUGCACAAAUAAAACCAUUUUGUAUUUACCAAUGAAGUAUUGAAACAUUUCCUUAAAAGUAUUGAAACAUGGCCUGAAGUAUUGUUGAGGUUCUCUUUUUUUAUCAAAUCCCUCUCUGUUCCAAACACUUCUCUCUCUCUCCCUCUCUCUCUCUCUCUCUU